AUGCAGAGUGAGGAGAUUGAAGAUCAACAUGUGCCACCAAAGCCUUAUGUUCCACUCGUGCCUUUUACAAGAUGCUUGAUUAAAAGCAAAUGGAAUAAGUCAUUUUCUGAAAUAUAUGACAUUUUAUCUAAGGUUAAUGUGAACUUACCCUUGCUUGAUAUGAUCAGGAACAUGUCAGCUUACGCGAAAUUCUUCAAGGAGUUGAACACCCGUAAGCAUAAGUAUGAGCGACACGAGAAAGUGAUGAUUUUAGAGACGGCGAGUGCGGUGCUCCAAUGCAAGUUACCACCCAAGCUGAAAGAUCUGGGGAGCUUUGUUAUCAACAUCACUAUUGGUAAAAAGAAAGAAGAAAAAGCGAUGUUGGACUUAGGUGCAAGUAUCAACCUCAUGCCAUAUUCCAUCUAUCAACGGUUGGGACUGGGAGAACUAAAACCUACAACAAUGACCUUGCAAUUGGUAGAUAGAUCAUUGAAAUAUCCAAGAGGUAUUUUUGAAGAUAUUUUAGUUCAAGUUGACAAACUAAUUGUUCCUGUUGAUGUUGUGGGGUUAGAUAUGAAGCAGACUUCAGACCAUAGUAGUGAGUUGCCUAUUUUGCUAGGACGUCCCUUCAUGGUCACAAGGACCAUUAUCGAUGUGAAAAAUGGAAAGCUAAACAUGACGGUUCUUAAUCAAACCAUUGAAUUUUUAGUUUUCAAUUCUAUGUCUUUACCUUUAGUUACUAAUAAUUGUUUUGCAGUUGAUUCUUUAGAUCAUAUCAUUGUGUCUAGUUUUCUACAGGGGGAGACUAAAGAUAAACUUGCAAUAACUCUUUCUAGCUAG